CUCAUGUUCUCUGUCGUGCUGAUGGACGCCUACCGCUGUGAGCGUCCUGAGAUUCGUCUCAUCAAGAGCACCGAUGGCAAUAUCCUUGAUAGCCGUUACAUGAAGUACUCAAGUACUGUCUACAACCUGCUCUGUGCGCACCACUGUAUGCUCAACACCGCGAUAGAAGAAAAUAUGUAA